AUGUCUCGCUCGAAGCACGUGGAGUGGGAUGAGAAGAACCUGGAGGCGAACGCCGAGUAUCAGCGACAGCACCCCGUGACAAUGCACAUCACGGAGCCAAAGACACCGUACUCGUACGCCGAUGGUGAUGACUUGGAGGCCGAAGAAGAGGGGUUGCUCAAAUGGGACACCGCUGUGAAUGCCAAGGUGAGAGAGAUCAAGGAGCAGAUAGCUGGGGACUUCUCUGAGCGACCCGUAGCCCCAAUCACAAAAUCUGGGCGGCCGAUGCUGGCGGAGGGCACCUUGACCGGCGAGCUAGCUCAGCAGCAGCAUCGAAAAGAAUUCCGCAAGAUGCGCAAGGCCGUAUACGCGGACGAGGGUGCCAUGUUCAAGAAGGCUCUGGCUCACAAAUCCAAGGAUGAGGAUGACGAGUAG